AUGACUAUCCGCGACGGCAGGGUGGUGCUGGCGCCGGCGAACCCCAAGGACGAGUACCAGCACUGGAUCAAGGACAUGCGGUGGAGCACGAGCAUCAAGGACGAGGAGGGUUACCCGGCGUUCGCGCUGGUGAACAAGGCGACCGGGGAGGCCAUCAAGCACUCGCUGGGGCAGUCCCACCCGGUGCGCCUGGUGCCCUACAACCCGGACUUCCAGGACGAGUCCGUGCUCUGGACCGAGAGCCGCGACGUCGGCAAUGGCUUCCGAUGCAUCCGCAUGGUCAACAACAUCUACCUCAACUUCGACGCCCUCCACGGCGACAAGUGGCACGGCGGCGUCCGUGACGGCACCGACGUCGUGCUCUGGAAGUGGUGCGAGGGCGACAACCAGCGCUGGAAGAUCCAACCCUACUACUGA